AUGAGGCGGUAUGAUGGUGCAGUGCUGGUUGGGGAAUGCCGUUUCCGCAAUGGUCCGAAUCUCAAGAUAAGGCGGGAGCGCGGCGUAACCCUUCUCAUGGCCGUCGUGGAGGGCGAGGGCGAGGGCGAGGACGUGGACGUGGCAGUAGGGCUGUGGCUCGACGCACAGGGCGGAGCGGACGACGCGGCGCACACACAGCCCGUCGUCGAUGAUGGACGGCAUUCCGUGCUGCAAGGAGAAGAGGACACCGGACGACUACGAGCCAGACGCGGCGGCACAAGGCUGGAGCCAAAUGGCAGCACGGGGAAGAGUAUGCUUAUCCAGAGCAAGGCGACCGACGGGGGGCUUCUGCCAGAAGGCCUCGUACCGCCGACGGAACGGGUGGACGGGAUGCCGCCCAGCAAGAGGUCGCGAUCCUCCUCCUCCUCCUCCUCCCCCUCCUCCUCGCACGAUCCAUCCGUGGCCAGAAGCGUCUAG